CAGGAGAGCUUUAUUAUAUGGACGAAUUCUAACGGAAUGUACUGUUUGUUGAACUGACCCUAGGCGAAGCAAACACAAUAGUAAUUUGUUACCGCAUUACAGGGCAUAUUCAGCAUGAGUAAACAUCUGCUCACACUAUAAUCGGCGACUGAAUCACGGCAAUUCGUGUUUUAUUCCUUCGCGUUUUCCUUCGCGUUUGAGUUAGUUCUGAAGACAAUGGAAUCACUACGCCCUCAACGUCUUCAGCCAGGAAUCGGAUAUGGAGCCACCCCAACAGGCACUCUUCGGUCUUCCUUGAGGCCUGGGGUUACCGGUCACGCUACCACGUCUCAAAUUGCGCAAAUGAGUGUUUCUGUCUCUCCGGGGCCACCUCCACCCCCGCCGCCACUUCAGCUCCAUAGCCUCGGGGUUGGCAUCAUGGGGAAUCCUGGCACUGGGGCAACAGCAAUGGCGAGUCAGGGAUCAAAUAAUCCUACAAACCCUGCAGUGUUGAGAGAGGCUGUUGAUGCAGUUGUGAGGAGUUUUGCAAAGCACACGCAAGGUUAUGGUAGAGUGAAUGUGGUGGAGGCUUUGCAGGAGUUCUGGCAAAUGAAACAAUCUCGUGGUGCUGACCUAAGGAACGGGGCAUUGGUUGUGUAUGAGAUGGUCCCAUCCAACAGCGCGCCCUAUGUUUGCUACGUUUGUCUUCCAGGUGGCAGCUGUUUUGGAAGUUUUCAGUUCUGUCCAACAAAAGCUGAAGCCAGACGAAGUGCAGCAAAGAUUGCUUUGAUGAAUUCAGUGUUCAAUGAGCAUCCCUCCCGGCGUAUCACAGAGGAGUUUAUAGAGAAGAGUGUGUGUGAAGCACUGGCUUCCUUCAAUGGAAACAGAGAGGAAGCAGAUAAUCCCAACACUGGCAUUGGGGCAUUCCGCUUCAUGCUCGAAUCAAACAAGGGGAAGUCCAUGCUUGAAUUCCAGGAACUGAUGACCGUUUUCCAGCUGCUGCACUGGAAUGGAAGCCUUAAGGCCAUGAGAGAGCGACAGUGCUCCCGUCAGGAAGUGCUGGCCCAUUACUCCCACCGGGCACUAGAUGAUGACAUGCGGACGCAGAUGGCUGCAGACUGGGCCAACCGAGAGCAGAGUGUGGCGGGAACCAUCGGCCGAGAGCUGGCAGCCACAGAGCGGGAGCUGGAGGAGGCACGGCUGGCUGGACGGGAGUUACGUUUCUACAAGGAAAAGAAGGACAUUCUGAUGCUGGCAGUGGGACAGCUGGGUGCUGCAAACACAGCAACUCUGCCCUGUGUCUGAUGAAAAAGCACUAUCUAGGGUCAGACAGAGAAUUCACGAAUGUGAUUGUAAAAACUGGCUCACAGCUAGUGAAAACCAUAAUAAGAAUGAAUGUUUUAUAUCAGAUACCCAAACCCUCUAUUCUCCUCUUUGUUGGUCAAACACAAAUGUCCCCAAAUCUCAAUUUGUCGUCAGACUCUCACAUUAGGUUGUUCAUAGGCACAUGACAUAAAAAGUAGAUAGUGUCACUCAUGUUGGAGAAAUGACUAUGUAAAACUUCAGUAUGCAAUUACUUAAAGGAAAGGUUUGAAAUAUGCAUUAAGCUUUUUUGGCACUCUUUAGGAGCUUAACUUAACCUGUUCCAAAUAAAGAGAUGUUCAGCAUUUUCACAAUGUAGAACUGAACAUCCUCCUCAUCUUUAUUUGAGUCAUUUCAGAUUGAGGCGGCUACACAUUCCCCAAAAGACUUGAACUGUGUCAAGCUCAGUCUGUGCAAGCUUGUUACUUUUUAACUUAUAUGGUAACAAUCAGAGUACUUGAGUCAUUAUAAGAUUAUGUGCCUGUUUGGCUGGAGUAUGCAUUUUCUCUUAAAAAAAGUAAGAAUAUCAGUUAAUUGCAUGUCCCUCAAAAAUCACACCAACGGAAAUUCAACAUUGCUUUCAAGAAUUAGGAUGUCAGCUUAUGAUGAAACACUCAUAAAUUAAAGCGUUUUUACUUUCAUAAAAACGCAAAGACCUGCUAUAAAGUAUGAUGUUUUGAAAGUAAUGUUUACUUUGUCAAGAUCUGACCUGUUCUGUGCUUUUAGUGUCACUUCAUACAUAUUACCACAGAAUCAAGCUGUGACCUCAAAUCAAACAUGUUAAAAUGACCUCAGCUGGCACUAUCCAUGUCGUAUAUUUCACUGUAGCAAAGGAUUUAGUGGUACAACUCAACACACUUGCACAACACAAUACCACAACACACUUUUGCUGGCCAUGAAUGUAUACACCAGACUGUGCCACUUUGGGAACUCGGCCCAAUGUGAUUUAUUCUUUUCUUUUUUAAGGGCUUUUUUAUAUUUUAGUUUCAUCUAAAUGUCCUAAAUAUUUCUUAAAUAGGAAGAAAUAUGUGAGAGCUUCAUAAAUUGUACGAUUUGUAAGGAACACUAUAUGUCAGAUAGCAGCCAGGGAUCAUAUUUUUCAUAAUUUCAUUUCACUGUAUUCCACUGUUCCAAGUGUAGUACUAAGUCCUGGAAAUAUAGCGAAUGAAUUUACUAAACUUGCAUAUACAUAGAACACUUUAAUCUCUCAUAUAAGUGAUUUUUAUGGGAAUUUGCUCUGAAUGUUUGAUCAAAUGAAGAGCGACAGAUUUGAUCAGUGCACAGUAUCGUAGCUCGUUGGUCAUCACAUACAACGGAAUAUGGCCACUGAAUCAUGACCACUUUCACCUCACAUCCAAAGCUUAUUUACAGAGUGGUUUUGUUGUCAGUUAGCCGAGCACAUACAGACAGUGUCAAUCUGAAGUGUGCUUGAUGUCGUUUUGCUUCAGUUCGGUAAAAAAAGAAAAAAUGACUUAGCCAAGGACUUUUACUGGGAAACUCAAGUUACUGUUGUAAUCUAAACCAAAAAGCAAUCCAUACUAAUGAUUAUACCACUCUGUCUUAAGGUUUCAGUUCAUCAAAUGACGCAAAUUCAAAAGCUCUUUUUGGUUUUUUUUUACUGUUUAUUGCUUUUGAACUGUGUGUCAUUCCAAACCCAGUGUCUAAAUGAUAUGUGUAACGCUUCGUUAAACUGUUUCAUUUAUUAGGACUACAUCAGUUUAUACAAUGUAAUCUAGUUUUGGUGUUUGUUUGUUUUUUGUUUGCCAGGAAUUACACAGAGGUCUAGAUUUACUCAUAGGAUAUUUGAGAGGAUUUAGUGUGUGGGAAAACCAAUAACAAAGUCCAUGACUGGCUGAAAAACACACUGAGCAGUCUCUGGCUGUGUUAUUGGCUGUGUUAUUAGCUUUGUUUGAGCUAAUGCCUUUUGCAGGGUCCUAAGCCCAAGGACAGUCAGGCCCAGGGUUUCACCAUUUGUUAUCUGAGGCAGGGCAUGGCCAUGACCUUUAUAAUUCCCUUUUUACCAUUGUUUAUUUUUCAGAAAGACUUCACACGGUGCAUGGUAAACAUUUUUAUAAAGCAGCUAUCUGUUGAUUUUAUACAAAUAUAUUUGCAUAGCCAUUUUAAGUAUUUUA